AUGUCUACAGAAGAAGAUAUUUCUGUAUCUCUCAAUAUCGACUCUGUUAAAGAGUCGGUAUUUUCGCCUAGCGAGCCUGAACUCGCGUCUAUCGACAGUUCGUCAACAGAAGAGACUUCGAGCUCGUCAUCUGUCGAUAUAAAGCAGGACGUGGACACGGGGCCCAAGACAGACGGGGAGGACGACGACAUCAAGAAAGACAACGAGCAAGAGAAGGAUAUAGAAGACGACCGGAAUGACAGCGAGAAAGAGAAUAAACCGGCUGUGCCAGCAGUCGUUCUGCCCCCACGGCCCGAUAACCCGCGGCGAUGGACUUGGAGAUGCCACAAGUGCCAUACACACUAUGCCCUUGCGGUGACGAACCGAUGCCUGUCCGACGGGCACUACUUCUGCUACGGCCUUGCACAGGGCCGCAAGCACCGGGGGCGCCGCGAGAGGCAGGUGAAGGGCGAGAGUAGCCUGGGGGCUGCCUGCAAAUCCUCCUUCGACUAUGCCGGAUGGGAGGCCAUGACCGUCUGGCAGAGGCGCGCCAGACAGCAAAUGGGCAUCAGCCCAUCCCCAGGCUGUUUUCAGGACUGCAGAUACCCAGGGAAAUGCAGCCAAAGCAGACUCGACAGCAUCCGUGGCCCGUCGACGCUGGCAGGUCUGUCUGCUGGAGAGACAGACACCCAAACACCGAAUCCCAGAUCCUUGCCACCGGAUAACAUCCCCUACAAGGCACCAGCGCCAGAGCGGGCAGCAAAGCCUAGCUUGAAGAGAAAAAAGAGAGCUGCAACAGCAGAGCCAGCGAUCAGCCAGCUGAAAAAGAAGGCAAAGAAGACGAAGAAAGGCACCGUAACUCCCGUCUAG